AUGUCCUCGACUGGAGCAGCCGCCGACGCCGCCCAUGCCGCCCGGGCGGCCGCAGCGGCCACUGAGGCCGAGGUUCUCGACUGGGUUCCGCCCUCGUCUGUGGGCGCCCAGUCGGGCGACGAGGACGAUGAAGUGAUCGCCGGCUUCGCUUCGCCCAUCUUGGGCGCUCCUCCCGCCACUGGCGGGGUGGCAGUGGGCACUCAGACUGAGGCCCAUGUGUUCAUCGCCACCUUUGUGGCUGGGGCCACCAACGGGGAGCUCACCGCGGCCGUCAACGCCUUGUCGGUGGACGAUUUGGCUCGCCUGAUGGCAGCCUGCUCGGCGGCGCAGCCCGCAGCCGGGCCUCCGACGCCUCCUAUUUCGUCGCCGCCGUCUUCAUCAGGGACUACGCCACCCGCGAGCACGGCCUUGCCGGUCCCUUCGGCGGUUUCGGGGGCGCCGCCGGGCGCAAUGCCCGCCAAGGCUUGGCUGGCCCCAUCUGGGGCAUCGUCGUCUGUGGUGCCCGGGCCCUCCGCCGAGGAAGCCCGCAAGUACUGGCUGGAUCAGGAGGCGGCGAUCCACCACGAUGACGCCCCGCCGGGCAUAGGGCACAUCGACGAUGACGACGAGGGCUUGGAGGGCGACACUGGGCUGGACGCCUACCUCGCCGACUUCGACGGCGCCGUGCCCAAGGCCCCGCCAGACACGACUUUUCCCAUGCCCUUCGGGGCAUAUUGCCCGGCGGGCGCCACGGGCGCCAAGCCGCAGAUGAAGUCGCCACCGCCGGAGCUGGUGGCUCAAGGGGCGGCUCCCAAGGUCAAGGCCUUCGCCAAAGCCCCGCCACCUCCGCUGGUGUUGGAGCCGGCCGCGGGGGCGGGCGACCAGGCGACGCCCAAGCGCCAACCCUCUGGGAUGUUCGGCUCGGCCCCGCCCUCAGCGGGCGUGACGGUCGUCAAGAAUGCGCCCGCCCCGCCGCCUGCGGCCGCGCCCGCCGUGGACGAGAUCACGCCCUACGAGCGGCAGCGUCGGGCGAUUGAUCAAGAGAACGCCCUCCGGCAUGGGGGUCCCGGGCCGCAGCGGCUACGGGACAUCGCCACGACGGCGGACUUUUUCGACGAGGAGCUCCCGCUGGGCCUCGACGGGGGCGGCAAGCUCCCGCGGGACACGGCACGCGCUACAUCGGCUGGUGCUUCGCCAAGUGCCCCGGCCCCUGGUACAGACCGGAUCGACCGGGCGACCGCGAUCGCUGAGGGCAUCUUGGUGGGGCCCUUUGGGCGUGGCUUUAUCGACCUCGCCCUCUUCUACAUCCUCGCCGUGGCGGGCUCGGCUCGGGCUGGCCAGACCGAACAUUUGCCGGCCAUUAGGGCGGCGGGGGUGAAGUGUAUCCCCGACCUCUUCUCGCGCCUCGACGCCUUGGCUGAGGCGGGCAUAGCGCCGACCGCCAUUGAGGCGCUACUGGCCGCCCCACCGCCACCGGCGGUGGUGACCGAGCUGGCGGUGAUUCAGGCGGCCCACUCGCCUGGCCGGCCCGACGUCCCUCGACGGCGCGCGCAUGUGCGCGCCAGCCUGCAAGCGGCCUUGGACGCUCUGCGGCCGGAGAACCGCAAGCGAUCGGUUGAGGAGCUCCGCGACGGCUAUUUGGCGGAGACCUCCAAAGGGCCCUACGCGUCCAGGCUGAAGACAUGGAUGGCCCUGUCUUACCAGGGCAAGGUCGAUCCCUGGCCUGUUUCCGCCGAGACCAUGGAGGCUCUGGGGGCGGCCUUCAAGAAGGGCGGCUAUCGGAGCGCCAACAAGUACUUCCUGGCCGCCUUCCGUCACCAGGAGCACGACCUCGGACAGGAGGUCUCGCCGGUCCUGCGCCGCCUGGCCAACAGGGCGGUGAAGUCCAUCGUGCGGGGCCUCCUGGGAUGCGCCUCAAGGAAGCCUUCCCCCUCGCCGACCUGGGCAUACCGUUGCGACCUCGCCUUCGACCCGACCGUCGUCUCUCACGCCACCGGCGUCCUGGUGCUGGCUACCUGGUUCAUGCUCCGGGAGAUCGAAAUCGCCGGGGUGCUAGUCGGAGAUGUGGUGCUCAACAAGGAGCUGGUGAUACCUGGUGAUGGUGGAGCUCCCGCUCCACAAGACCGCCCAAGGGG